AUGCAGUUAGCCGCUCCCCCGCCGCCGAUGGCCGAAGCCUGGAGGCUGGAGGAGGACGAAGAGGAGCUGCGGGAGCUGGGCAGGAGGCACCGGAGGGUCGCCCUGAGCUCGGCGGCAGAUCGCUCUGAAAGAAAUAAACCAGACUGCCGCUCUUCAGGCCAAGGACCCUUGUCAUCCAUAAGAGCAGCGAUCAAGAGAUCUUCUCGGACCUCUAGCCAUAGUGAACAGCAAAGAGAUAGAAGGCGUCCUGAAAUUACAAUCGUUGCUGCUGAACCCCUCCGGCCGUCCUCCUGGUUUCCAGGUGCAAGCCCUGUCACUCCUCAUGGAUUAGGAUUCCCUUCUGCUUCAUCUCAUGCUCAGUGGAGGAGAAAUGAGCAUAUUCCAGCUGAGCUUCCACCAUCAUACGAGCAGGUGAUAAAAGAAAUCAACCAAGUGCAAGUCAAUACAACAAAUAACAAUAAUGCUGCUGCUCCUAGACAUACCACUACUUCUGCAACACAAACUGACUUUCCAGAGGAACUCAUCAGCCAUUUGCCAGGAAGUAAUGUAGAAACUAGUGUGUCUACACACUGGGAACCUGUAGGCUAUCCAGGGCGAAGUCCUCUUAAACCUCCUAGGCCUGCUGCAUCUCUCUUGAAUAGGUCUCCUUCAGAAAAUGAGAAUCCCUUAGUAGUCUUUGAAAUUUCUGAAGGUCAGAGGUACCAAGAAAAUCCCAAUGCUGUGAUACGUCCUGUGCCAAAGCCAAGAUCAAGAAGCAAUCUCAGACCUGUGGUCAAAAAUAUUGAAAGUAAGACAGACAAUGUAGAAGAAGUGUCUACCACAAAAAGACAGCAACCUUCAAUUCAGCAGUCACCUCUCUUAGAUGACAGCUUACUAGACAAUCAGUUGGCAAUGGACAGCAUGAGCGCAGAAAAGAGCCAAAAUAGUGUUGUUUCAAGGAUCAAAGUUUUUGAAUCCCAAGGAACUAAUGAUACCUCAGGGCUAUCAAAAAAGCCAGAAAUUGCCCCUCGUUCAUUUCCUCCAAGACCUGUUACUGCAAAGAAACCAGAGGUUGCUCCAAAGCCAGGUGUAAGCAGAAUUUCAGGAGACCGGGAUGCAUGGACAGAAAACAAAUCAUCGCCUUCCAAGGAAUUGCAGCCUCAACCUGAAGUAGCUGGGAGCAGUGUUGUAACCAAACCUGAACUGCCAAAGAAGCCAAAACCUGGCCUUGUUGAAAGUAAUAGCAGUGAUUUUCUCGAUGCAAGGAGUGGAUCAGUUGCAGAACACAGUGAUGGACAAAAGAAAUUUCCUGUUCCCACUCCAAGGCCUCUUGUUCCCAAAAAGUCACGUUGCACAGAAAAUCCUGCCCUUUCUUUGGCCUUGCUAAAACCAGUUGCUGCUCCCCCACGUGCUUCUAUAUCUGCCCAGGAAAAGGGUUUCAAGUCUCUUGGGGAAUCAUCAUCCUCAUCAUCUUUGGCACCUGCUUCGCAAAAUAAACUCAAUGUGGAGGGAGAUCUAAUCAGUUUCGAUGAUGAUGUUUUGCCUCUAAGUCCAGCUUGUGCAGUUGAAGAUAGGAUCAGUUCUGAAGCAGCAGCAGAUCCAUUUCAAUUCCUCACCAAAAGUGAACCUGCAAAGGAACAGACAGCUCAACCAGCUUUAGCCCGGAAACCCACCGUAAUCCGAAUCCCAGCCAAACCUGGGAAAUCUUUAAAUGAAGUCAUGCAUAGUCCUCCACCACUUCCUGCUGAAAAGCCCAUUGGGAACACCUUUGAUAUCACAGUGGGAAAACCCAGCAGUGGUGACCUAGUAAAAAAAGCGGAGUUGGAUCAUUCAGAACAGGGUGGAGUGCCUCAGUCAGAACCUGUACUGCUCCCAAGGCCUGUGAAUGGAAAAAUUAUACCUGCUCGACCUCCCCCACCUAAAGGUGUUCCUGGAAGGCCACCUCCCCCAAAAGUCUCUGCAGCCAAGACCUCCUCCAAGAAGGAUGCUCUAUCACGUUCUAUUUCUGACAUAGCUUCUGAUAAAAAACCCAGCAAGUUCAAACUGGGACCCAAGAGAGCAAAAAGCCAAGUCUUUAAAAAUCCAGAUCCAGCAUUACCUCCUAGACCUAAACCAGGUCAUCCUCUCUACAGUAAAUACAUGCUACCUGUGCCUCAUGGAGCUGCCAAGGAAGAUUGUCUUCCCAGGAAUACUGGAGAACUGUCCUGUAAGGAUUCAAACUACCCUCCAAAGGUUUCUGACACAAGUGCACCUCACGCUGUAGUCCUGCAUGAUUUUCCUGCGGAGCAUGUUGAUGACUUGGACCUUCAUUCUGGAGACACUGUUUGUCUUUUGGAAAAAAUCGACAGCGAGUGGUACAGAGGAAGAUGUGGGAAUCGCACAGGGAUAUUUCCUGCCAGCUUCGUUAAAGUAGUUACCGAUGUUCCAGAAGAAGGCAGAAAGAAGAAAAUACCCUGUUCACCACACUAUGUUAAAGGCCCAAGAUGCAUAGCACGAUUUGAGUAUAUUGGAGAUCAGAAAGAUGAGCUCAGUUUUUCAGAAGGUGAAACUAUUAUCCUUAAAGAAUAUGUCAAUGAAGAGUGGGCCAAAGGAGAGCUCAGAGGCACAUCUGGAAUUUUCCCCUUGAACUUUGUGGAAGUAAUUGAAGAUCUGCCUGGAACAGGUACAGGAGCAGCACUGAAGAACAAGGUGGAGGCUGCUUCUUCCCUUCCUCAGAACAACAGAUGCUCUGCAGAGUGGUGUGAAGCACUUCAUGAUUUUACAGCAGAAACCAAAGACGAUUUAUCCUUUAAAAAGGGAGACUACAUCCAAAUACUGGAACAAGUAGAUUUGCAGUGGUAUAGAGGAAGACUGAAUGAAAAGGAAGGGAUUUUCCCAGCAGUUUUUGUUCAGACCUGCUCAGCCAGGGCAGAGCUGUCACAAUCCAUAGGAGGGAAGAAAGGAAAAGCCAAAGCUCUUUAUGAUUUUCAUGGAGAAAAUGAAGAUGAGCUUUCCUUCAAAGCUGGUGAUACAAUAACAGAGCUGGAAUCUGUAGACGAGGACUGGAUGAGUGGAGAGAUACAAGGAAAGUCUGGGAUAUUUCCCAAGAACUUUGUUCACAUUUUAAAAACACCAUGA